AUGGUGCCGAAAUAUAAAUCUUUGGUCCAAGGUGUGGCCGACAUAUAUGCACGAAAAAUAAAGCCUGUAGAGGAAUAUUUCCAGUAUCCUAUUUUCUUUACACCUUCGCUGUCAGAGGCCGAGAUAUUGGCAAAGCCAAUGGUCCUAUUGCUUGGGCAAUACUCGACAGGAAAGACCACCUUUAUCAGGAGGAUUCUGGGAGAGAUUUAUCCAGGGUCUCAUAUUGGGCCUGAGCCUACCACCGACAAGUUUGUUGCGGUCAUGCAUGGUCCGGACGCCCGCGUCAUUCCUGGAAAUGCAGCUGUCGCCCAAACGGAGAAACCCUUCCAUACGCUUUCGCAGCAUGGAUCUUCGUUUUUAUCAAAGUUCCAAAUUUCGCAGUCUCAUAAUGCGCUUUUGGAGUCUGUGUCUUUUGUCGAUACUCCUGGUGUCCUUUCAGGAGAAAAGCAACGACUCGGACGCUCCUAUGAUUUUGCCAAGGUCUGUGAGUGGUUUGCCGAAAAAUCCGACGUUAUCCUUUUGCUGUUUGAUGCGCACAAACUGGACAUUUCAGAUGAAUUCAAGAGAGUUAUCUCUGCCCUGAAGGGCCAUGACGACAAAAUAAGAAUCAUCCUAAAUAAGGCCGACAUGAUCAAUAGCCAGCAAUUGAUGAGAGUGUACGCGUAUGGGGCCCUAAUGUGGUCACUGGGAAAAGUUAUCCAUACGCCCGAAGUGAUGCGUGUUUAUAUCGGGUCUUUUCAAGAGAAUCCAGUGGCUCUCGAUCCGUUCACAGAGUCCCUGUUUAAGAAGGAAACAGCGGAUUUACUUGACGACCUUUAUAUGCUUCCAAGAAGCUCUUCCGUUAGGAAAAUCAAUGACCUUCUGAAAAGAACAAGGCAAUUGCGCGUACAUGCACACCUGAUUUCGGCGCUUAAGCGGGAAAUGCCAUCGUUAUUUGGAAAGAGUGCAAAGCAGGCAGAACUGCUUGAGAAUCUUCCGAUGAUUUUUACCAAAGUACAGAAACAGACGCAAUUUCCGCCCGGAGAUUUCCCCGAAAUCAACCAUUACAGGUCGAUUUUAUCGGAGCAGGAUUUCGACAAGUUUCCGAAAAUGUAUCAAAAGCUACUAGAUCGACUUGAACAGGCGAUUUCAGAGGAUCUUCCCCAAUUGAUGAGAGACUUCCCUCCUGGCCCAAAUAUCCCCCCGCAGCAAAUCUUCAAUCCAUACACAAACUCAAACAUCAAUCCCAGCUUUUCGUUGCAGAAGGAGACGCCCAGUUUUUCAUCACAAAAUGAGGCCCCCAACUUUUCGGCUAAUGAGGAGAAUUUUUCCAAAAUGUUCGACAAUUUGCGGCCGAUUGACGGGAAAAUAUCGGGAAACCAGGCCAAGAUCGUGUUUUCAGAGGCAAAUCUGCCAAACUCUGACCUUGCUGAAAUUUGGCAGCUUGCAGAUCAAGAUUCAGAUGGCGCCCUUACUCUUCACGAAUACAUUGUGAUGAUGAAGCUGGUGCAGGUAAAGAUGCAAGGAGGCGCCAUCCCCAAAACCCUGCCUUCGCAACUGAGAAAAAAAUAA